CGAGCUGGUCGUCGAAGCGGAAGAACUGAAUAUUAUUAAUUCAUUUAUUCACUCUUGAGCAAGAAGCCAGAGAUAAGAACAAAUGGCGAGCAAAGUCGCGAUCCUUCUCUUGGCACUGGGACAUCUUGAGGUUGCCCAAAGUCUUGCGAAGCCAGAGCCCGGAGAAUGUCUGGCGCCCACCUACAUGACCCGCUUCAGCGCAAAACUCUUCCCGGAAAUACUAAAGUUGGAAAUAAAUCGCGAGGUCGUUGUCUUUUCACCCUUCGCCGUGCACGCCAUGCUGGCACUGAUCUACAGGGCAUCGGAGGGUGAAACACUCAGCGAAGUGCAGCGGGUCGGCGAGUUCAACCAGCACCCUGUUUUCGUGGCCCUGGACUUCGAGCGACUGAUCAAGUUCAAGGAGCAUCUCCCGAGUGCCACGCUAGAUACUCGCCCCGGAGUAUUCUACAACCGGAAACUGGGUCCAGUUAAUUCCCGCUACAAUGAGUUCUCCAAAUUCUAUUUUGACAUCGACACAAAGCCUGUAGACAUGGAUAGCGGCAGGGAUAUGUCAAGCUGGUUACCCUUCUGGAUAAAGAGAUUCGACAUUAGUUCCCAGAUGCAGGCGAUACUCGAUAACACAGUGGAAUUCAAGGGUGUCUGGAAGCACAAUUUCGACAAGAUCAACACGCGGAAAUCCGAAUUCCACCUCGGCAGCGGUGAAACUAUCAAUGUUGCAAUGAUGCACAACCACGAAGUCUAUGGUCUGGCUGAUCUGCCCGAACUGGACGCCACCGCCUUGGAACUGCCCUUCAAGAAUAGUGCCACCAGCAUGCUGAUCCUGCUGCCCAAUCAGCUCGACGGACUGGCUAACCUCGAGCAGCAGUUGGCCCAGCCGGAGUUUGAUCUCAACCGGAUCGCCAACCGCCUGCACCGCCAGUCGGUCACGGUGGGCCUGCCCUGGUUCACUCUCGACUUCUUUUGUGACUUGGGCGAUCCUCUGAAGAAGCUGGGCCUCAGCCAGGUGUUCAGGAACAGCUCGAAGGUGACCAAAUUGCUCGAACAGACGGUGCGCGUGGACAAGAUCCUGCAUAGGGUCUACAUUAAUGUGUCGGAGUUGGGAACAGUAAACUCGAACUAUUCGGGUCCAGUUUAUGACCAGUCAAUGCCUGCCAACUCCAAGGAGUUCGUCGCUAAUCGGCCAUUCGUCUUUGCCAUCCGCACUCCCAACUCAGUGCUGUUGAUGGGUCAUGUCAAGGUCCCUUGGAUACUGUAAAGAAAAGAAGAUAUACUUGUGACGAUCGCAAUUUCGCGAUUAAAUUAAUAACUUUUGAUUUUGACGUUUUUAAACAUGUGUUGCAUAUCAAAAGUUGACGAAUCUCAAGAGCUAUAAAAGUACAAAAUAGAAAUAAAAUCAAUAGAAUCGUUAUUUAUUUAUUUGCAAAAAAAUUAUGACU